GACUUCCCGCAAUAUAGAGCCUAUAUAACAUCUGAUAUUGAACUAAGAUAACAUAUUGUGACUCAAGUAUGUAUGUAUUGAAAAUACAAUAGUUACAUUUCUGAGAGAAAACGCAUCAUGAUUCUGUAUGUCUAUUAACAUGAUUGUUUCAGGAAUUAAUUGUUGAAACAUGAGCACGACGUGCAUAAAAAAGGAGACAGUUAUGGAGGAGUUUAAACCUCUUUUAACGGAAUAUCUGGAGUUGGACAGUAUGAGUUCGGAUGAAGACGUCGAGGAACGUCUACCUAUCGUUGCCACGGAGACAGCGGUAUAUGGUAGAAGAUGGUACGUUCUGGCUGUGUUCUGUCUUGGUAGUGUCAGUCAAGCUUUUGUCUGGAACACGUUCGGACCUAUUGCCGAGUCUGCCGAGAUAGUGUUUAACUGGAGUGAUGUUGAUAUAGGGAUGUUUGGUAACUAUGGAAAUAUAGCUUACAUGUUAGCCGUACUGCCAAUGUGCUAUUUCAUGGAUGUAAAAGGUCUGCGUUUGUCCUUGUUAAUGUGUAGUUUCCUGAUUAUGGUCGGCACAGUGGCUAGGUGUAUAAGCUUGGAACCCGUACCCGCUACCUGGUUGGCAAAUAUGUGUUCUGUUUUAAACGGCGUUGGUGGAACGGUGCCCUUUGCUGGAUCGGCAGCUAUUUCUUCUAUAUGGUUUCCGUCGGAUCAACGUGCUACGGCGACGGCAAUAGUUUCAUUCUCUAACUAUGUUGGCUUUGCCUUGUCAUUUAUUUUAGGUCCACAUGUUGUUUCUAGUCCACACUAUAGUAACUAUAACUCCACGUCAAAUAUAUCAGAUACAGACUGGGAACUGGAAAAAACAAAUGUUAACGGAACUCAUAAAGAAGCAACAAACAGAUCGAGGUUAGAGACAGAUAUACGACACUAUUUAUAUAUACAGGCGAGUGUUGGGGUGCUAUUUUUUCUUCUAGUUUUGAUAUAUUUUCCCUAUUAUCUUAAAGGCCUUUCCCAACUGGUAUGUAAUGGUGCUGUUUGGAUGAUUGUAUUGGCGUGUGCGAUACCAACUGGUGUUUUACAAGUAUGGCAAUCUCUUCUGGUCGUGAACCUGAAACCUCUUAACAUAUCUCAGAACACAGCCGGGUACAUGGGAUUUUGGCAAACAUUAGCUGGAUGUCUCGCAGGUCUUGUUAUAGCAAGAUUUUCAGACAUGUUUAUGAAGAGAAUGAAGUUAUUUCUAAUCGCAUUGUUCAUAGGUGCUGUGGCUUCGUCUACUUGGUUCUUUUUACUGUGGAAACAAUUCAUUCCAUUAAAUCUGCUUUCGAUGUACACUGCCUGUGUUCUAAUUGGUAUAUUUAUCAACGGCGGUAUUCCUCUGUUCUUCGAGAUAGCCUGUGAGGCGAGUUAUCCGGUCGCCGAGGGCGUUACUGGCGGACUACUUACACUGCUUAACAACAUUGUUGGCAUUUGCUUCCUUUGUGUUCUACUCAUCCCAAAUAUCGGUCGUACAUGGAUGAACGAAGCGUUGCUGGGGUCAGCUGCCGUCGCUCUUCCGUUACUCAUUAUUUAUCCGGAAAGGUACCGGCGAACAGAUCUCGAUAUAACCAUAGAUGUGAGUCCAGCGAAGGGCGAUCUGCAAACGUCUGAAAAGAUUGAAGAAAACACUGAGGAUUUUAGUUGACGAACAUAUUAAUGCCAGUGAUGUGUCAACCACCGAAAGGCGAACAUAAAUAUUUGCUCAGUAUUCCUACAUGGCUUGUGUUACUUGUUUUUAUGACAACAUAUAUUUAUUUUCCAAUAAAAGGCUUUUCUACA